CAUUCUGGAUCUAUCCGUUGAAUAUUGACUAACCAACAUGUCUUCCUUCGCUUUCUUGUUGCUCUGCGUUCAGGCUUGCCUGAUCCAGUACACAUUUGCCAAUCCCAUUGUCUCAACAAAGCCCUGUGGUCUAGCUGCACCAAAAAUUCCUUCAUUACUUCCUGCUGUCAUCUUAAGCGAUGACAGAUUUGAAGCAUACGAGGGCUAUGGUGCCGGUAACGUCGUAGUGUCCGGUGACGUCGGCAUCAAAGGAACAACUAGACUCACUGGAACUAUUCCAGUCCUGGGUUUGGUUAAAUUCAAUGGAAAAGUAUAUGCCUAUGGUGAAGCUACUACUAGUGGCAAAUGUGGGUGUGGAUGCGCGGUGUACAACAAAUGCAAUUACGGUAACCCUCACGCACCUGAUGCCAACGCCGCAAUCAACGCUGCUGCCUUUAAUGCCGCUGCUGCGGCCAGAGCUGCUGAUUGGGAAGCUGGAUGGCCUAUUACGUACAAUCCCGCGCUGGCGAACAGCGGCAAGGGUGCAGGCAACGUGGCAGUGGUGGGUGAGCUGGGCGUCACCGGCUCCACGUUGGUCUCUGGUCUAGUGCCGGUAGCUCCAGCUGAACCGCUGGUCGGUAGCGAGCCUUCCAGAGUGACGGCGGCGAGCACUGGGAGAUUACCAGACGCAUCAAGCAUGCCUGAAAUGUCGUUUUCGGAGAGCACGUUAACCGCGCUGCAGCUGGGGGCCCAGGCGAUGGGAGCCGGCGCUGGCUUCCACGUAUCCCAAGCAGGGGCACGCUAUUUGACACUAUUCUUUGUUCAGCAAUUCGUUGAAUACCAACUAAAAAUGAACUCCUUCGCUUUCUUGUUACUCUGCGCCCAGGCGUGCCUUAUCCAGGCGGUGUACACGAAGUGCGGUCUUGAUUACGCUCCCGCACUCGCUGAAGCUGAAGCCGCUGCUGCUGCGGCCAAUGCUGCCGCUGCUGCCAACGCUGCCGCUGCUGCUGCCAAUGUCGUGGUCAGAGAUGCUCGUUUGGGCGCUGGUUGGGUCGGCCCUGCUGCAUAUGCUCCCGCACCGUACAGCGGCCAUGGCGCCGGUAACGUGGCAGUAGCCGGCGAAUUGGGGGUAGCCGGCUCCACACUGGUCGCUGGCCAGGUUCCAGUGCUCGGCGCUGUCAAGUUCAACGGACAAGUGCCCGCAUCUGGCGCUGUCACCAUCUCCGGAUCUUGCGGAUGCGGAUGCGAAUACUAAGACCUUCAAUUGGCAGACUAUCAGAUAAAAUACACUU